GACUAUAUAUAAUUUGAGACGAAGGGAGUCAUAUAGAUUAUCCCUAUUAGUAUUAUUUAAUAGAGGAUAUUUUCACUAGGUGUAUUAUCACCAAUCCAAGAAAAUCUUACCUAAAUCGGUCUAUACAAAGGGCCGAGGCUCGUCAUCUACGUCCCUGGCCUCAUUUCUGCCAACCACUUCUCUCUCUCUCUUGUUUUUCUCUGCUGCUAACUCUCCGUACCGAAGAACCGCAACUAUGGCAGCUACAUUUUCUACUGUAUCGAAUUUAGGUUCACUUUCAGCUCCCCGAGUUGCGAACCCUACAUAUGCUGUUUCUCCCAAGCUGGUGAAAUCUUCAUUCUCAUCAUCAUGCUUCUUUUCUGGAUCUUUGCGUCUCACAACUUCAUCGAACCGUUCGGUUUACAGAAAAACCGGAGGUUCAUCUGUUUCCAUUCAAGCUUCUGCGCAGGUGACCGACUUGCAAUCCAAAGUGACACACAAAGUUUAUUUUGAUAUCAGCAUUGGGAAUCCUGUCGGAAAGCUUGCUGGGCGAAUUGUAAUUGGAUUGUAUGGUGAUGAUGUGCCCCAGACAGCAGAAAAUUUCCGUGCACUCUGCACAGGUGAAAAGGGCUUUGGCUUCAAGGAUUCUGCAUUUCAUCGUGUUAUUAAAGAUUUCAUGAUUCAAGGGGGUGAUUUCGAUAAGGGAAAUGGAACUGGUGGUAAAAGCAUAUAUGGUCGUACAUUUAAGGAUGAAAACUUCAAGUUGGUUCAUACUGGACCUGGGGUUGUUAGCAUGGCUAAUGCAGGCCCUAAUACCAAUGGAAGCCAAUUCUUCAUUUGCACUGUAAAGACCCCAUGGCUGGAUCAGAGGCAUGUUGUAUUCGGGCAAGUAUUAGAAGGCAUGGACAUUGUGAAAUUGAUCGAGUCCCAGGAGACUGAUAGGGGUGACCGUCCAAGGAAGAGGGUUGUCAUCAGUGACUGUGGUGAGCUACCUAUGGUAUGAGGCAGGAAUACAAAUAUCUAGCACUUUAUAUUUUCACACAAUGGGUAUAUGGCCGUUGUGAGAUAUAGAGGAUAUUCAGUAGUGAGUUUUCAUCCAAACCCAAGGCUUUUUUCCUGUUCUUUUUCUGGGCCUCUGUAGGAUUUCGAAUUACAGGUCAAAAAUUCUUACUACCAGUGAGUACGUUGUUUUCCUGUUAACCUGGUUUGCAAUUUCAGUUAACAUUGAAUGUUUAUAGAUGGUAACAGACUACUGUUGGUUCUCUA